CUGCCCGCGUGAGGUCGCGCGUAAGCGCCCUCGUCUCCAAUGUGGCGUGCCGCGCCGGCGGCCCGCGUAAGCCGCGGCGUAAGGUCGCGAUGUCAUCUCGCGUAAGACCCGUUUUUUUCGUCAGGGUGCCCUGGUUUUCUUCGCUCCGGGCGCUGCGCAGAGACUUCCCGCGGCCGUUGAAGAAGGUGCUGCGCUCAUUGUGCUCUGGGUUCCCCCCCGUGUGCAUCUCGCGCGCGGGUCAUUCGGGGCUCCGUUUCUUGCAAGGGUUUCUCGCGGCCGCGUCCGCCUUGCAGUCUAAGUAUCUCCUCCUCACUUCUCCCUCCUCUGUUUGUCCCCCCUCCCCUCCUCCCUCCUGCCCCCCCUCCUCGCCACGCCUGGUCCCAGAGGAGGCCCCAGAGGAGCCCGAGGAGGAGGCGGCGGGCGAGGCGCCGGUGGCGGAGGAGGUCCAGCGCGCCUUCCUGCCCGCGCCGCAGCGGCGCCUGCCUCCGGAGCGGGCCGCCGCCCUGGAGGAGGAGCGGCGGCGGCUGCAGGUGAGCGUGGAAAACGCUGGGGAUGCGGUGUACCCGCUGAUCGGGACCUUCGAGGAGCUCGGCGUGCUUCCUAGCUACGUGCUCGACGCGCUGGCGGAAAUGAACGUCCAGGCGCCCAUGCCCAUCCAGGCGCAGGCGCUGCCCAUCAUCCUCGGGGGGGAGGAUCUCAUCGGCAUAGCCAGGACCGGCAGCGGCAAGACGCUCGCGUUCCUGCUGCCGGCCUUGGUGCACGUGGAGGCCCAGGAGCCCCCGCAGAGGCACGAGGCCACUCCGAUCGCGCUCGUCCUGGCUCCCACGCGCGAGCUCGUGGCGCAGAUCGCCGAGGAGGCGGGCAAGCUCUGCGAGCACUCUGCGCAGGGUCGCCACCCGGGCGGCAUCUGGGCCGAGUGCGUGUACGGAGGCAAGCAACGGGCGGAGCAGCUGAGGACCGGUGGCGGUCCGUCAUCGCAGCCACGCCGGGGCGGCUCACAGACUUCCUGUCGGCCGGCGACAUGUCCCUCACCCCCGGUCGGCCGCACGACCUACUUCGUGCUCGACGAGGCCGACAGGAUGUUGGAUUGCGGCUUCCAGGCGGACGUGCAGGGCAUCGCGGGGCAGAUCAGGCCAGACAGGCACAUGCUCUUCUUCUCCGCCACGUGGCCCCAGGCGGUGCAGGACCUCGCCAGCAGCUUCUGCCUGGACGGGCGGGAGCCCGUGACGCUGCGGGUGGGCCAGGGCGAGCAGGGCGAGGCGGCCACCCGCCCGGACAUCGUCCAGGAGGUGGUCGUCUUCGACCAGGAGGCGUGGGAGGAGAGAGACGCCGCGAAGAAGGAGCUGCUCCACUCCCACCUGCGCGAGACCCUGCAGGAGGAGAGCAGCAAGGUGCUGGUGUUCGUCAACAACAAGGCCUUCGCCGACGAGCUCCGAGACACGCUCUGCGGCGAGGGCUUCCUGACCGACUCGAUGCACGGGGGCCGCAAGCAGUGGGACCGCGACGAGGUCCUGGCCAAGUUCAAGAGGAACGAGUUCAAGCUGCUGGUGGCGACGGACGUCAUGGGCCGUGGGCUGGACAUCCCCGACAUCACGCACGUCGUGAUCUACGACAUGGGAGAUGUUGACGACUACGUCCACCGCAUAGGCCGCACUGCGCGAGGCCUCUCCGGCCUGACCGGCCACGCCCUGACGCUGUUCGAGUACAACCCAAAGUGGCCGGAGCUGGCGGGCGGGCUGGCGAAGGUCCUCGAGGACGCGGGGCAGCACGUGCCGCCGGAGCUGGCCCAGAUCGCCGCCGAGGUCGCGAGCGGCGAGCGGGCCACCAGGGAGAGGGCCCCCGGCGGCGGCAAGAAGCCCAAGUGGAAGAGCGGCGACUGGCCGUCGGAGUGGCCCGCCGGAGAGCAGCCCUCGCAGGGCGGGGCGAAGCCCUGGCAGGAGCAGCCCUGGCGGGAGAAGUCCUGGCAGGAGCAGUCCUGGCAGGAGAGGCCCUGGCAUGGCGACGGCGCGCGAGGCAGGCCCUGGAAGGCGGGCGGCUGGUAGCUGCUGGAGGAGCCCGGGCGCUCGCGGGUGCAUCGACGGCGCCAACUGCGCGCCGCACCGCCGCCCCCCUGCCCUGCGGAGGCGUCCCAAAACUCCUCCUCCUCCUCCUCUUCGUCCUCCUUCUCCUCCUCCUCCUGCUCCUGCUCCUGCUCCUGCUCCUGCUCCUCCUGCUCCUGCUCCUCCUGCUCCUGCU